GCCUUUUUUACCUGCGUUCAACUCUUGUGAUCAAUUUAAUUCGGCUUCCGGUUAUAAAUGUUUAUGUUAUGUAACUAAAAUCGCGCUUAUCCGUCAACAUUUAUAAAUGGAUGAAUUAACCAAGCCUUUCAGGACUAUAUGUGUUGUUCUUUCUCUCAUUGUUUUAUGUAAGUGCACAAAGUAUGAGCCGAACUGGGCGUCCCUCGAUUCCCGGCCUCUCCCGGCCUGGUACGACGACUCCAAGAUCGGCAUUUUCUUGCACUGGGGCGUCUUCUCCGUGCCAAGCUUCAAAUCUGAGUGGUUCUGGAAAUACUGGCGGGGUGGGAACCCGGAAAUCGUUAAAUACAUGGACCGGAACUACCGGCCGGACUUCACGUACGCGGACUUCGCCCCGAGCUUCACGGCGGACCUGUUCAAUCCAGAGGAAUGGGCGGAGAUUUUUGAAGCUGCAGGGGCUAGGUACGUUGUCCUGACGACCAAGCACCACGAGGGUUUCACCAACUGGCCUUCCAACCACUCAUUCAACUGGAACUCAAUGGACGUCGGUCCCAAGAGGGACAUUGUAGGCGAGCUGUCGACGGCCAUACGCAAGAAUACGGACAUACAUUUCGGCGUGUAUCACUCGAUGUUUGAAUGGUUUAACCCAAUGUUUUUGAAUGACCAGAAAAACGGCUUCCAAACACGCAAUUUUCCACAGACAAAGGCUAUCCCUGAGCUAUAUGAGUUAGUAAACAACUACCGGCCAGACGUGAUAUGGUCGGAUGGUUCGUGGUUGGCGGCGGACACAUACUGGCAGUCCCCAGAGUUCCUGGCCUGGCUUUAUAACGAUAGCCCCGUAAAGGACACGGUGGUUGUCAACGACCGGUGGGGAAACAACACCAACUGUAAACAUGGUGGCUUCCUCUCCUGUUCCGACAGGUACAACCCGGGCAAGCUACAGAAGAGAAAGUGGGAGAACGCGUUCAACAUCGACAAGCACUCUUGGGGUCACCGGCGGGAUGCGGUCCUUUCUCAGCUAAUGACUAUGGAGGAGAUAAUGGCACAACUCGUCUCCACAAUCAGUUGCGGCGGGAACGUUCUCAUCAACGUUGGUCCCACAAAGGACGGCCGAAUCGUGCCCAUAUUCGAGGAACGUUUGCGUGACCUUGGCGCCUGGCUCAAACUCAACGGAGAGGCUAUUUAUAGCACACGGCCAUGGACCUACCAGAAUGACACCGUUACCCCGCAUGUCUGGUACACUUCCAAGAAGUCAUCCCAGGGCGGCCUUGCCGUGUACGCCAUUUUGCUGCGGUGGCCAGACCCCGGAAGCUUCUUCCUUGGCAGCCCAACCCCCACGAGUAGCACGCGCGUUACGUUGCUAGGAUACGAGGGCCCACUCACUUGGUCUCAGGCGAGCACCUCUCAGGGAAUAAAUGUGGCAGUUCCCCUCAUACCGUUCAAUGUGAUGCCAUGCAAAUAUGCAUGGGUUUUGAAGUUCGAAAAUUUGGCAUAACUCUUUAUUCAUAUUUGACUGAAUGUUUAGUUCCUCGCCAUAUUCCAUAUCGUCCUUGAAUUUGAUUAAUAUAAAAGCAACACACUUAAUAAAUUACACGUGUUUGCUGUAUAUCGUCACUGUUUUAUUUAAUGCUGUUAUAUUAUAUGGUCGUUUUUUACACUUUGUUACAGCAAACGUUGUUUUUGUUUAUACCUAUGAAUAAAGGGCUACGUUACUGAUUGCAUUCGACCUGCUUGACGUUUCUUAUUAACAUUCUGUCUGAAAAGAGUCGACAUACAAGUUAUCUUUGUUCAAAUGUGUGUUCACUAACCUGUAAAAUAUAAACAUUUCAAAGUCAACAACUUUCGCUGCAAUGUUGACAAAAAAUGCUUCAGUUAUGAAAUGUGUUCAUAUCUUGCAUAAAUCCUUCGGAAAUAUCUGUCUUCUAUAGUGGACUAUAAGGUCUGCGACUAUAACCUGGAAUAUCUUAGAUCGAAUCCUACAGCCGGCGAUAUUAAUAUCCAAUUUGUUUUUUAUAAUUUCGUUUUUAUCGUCAUAUUUUUAUAGAAUGUACUUAUCGUCUUGAAAGGAUUUUCAUAUAUAUAUUUAUUUGAUUUUUGGUAGUUUAUUAGCCGUCAAGUUUCAUAACCGAUGAAAAGAAAGAUAAUAAUCGUACAUAUAAUUAUGUACAAAACACCGCGAUUCGCCUCCCUUUGAAUUAGUUACCGGUCAUUAAAAUCUAGGCCCGGGGCAAAAAAAACCAACAACGUUAGAUUGCAUCAGAAAAUAGUUUUAAUAUUAAAUAUCCUUAAACACUCUAUGUUAGUAGGGACGAGCAGAGUGGCGCAGUGGAAGCGUGCUGGGCCCAUAACCCAGAGGUCCGUGGAUCGAAACCACGCUCUGCUAGAAUUUUUGCACGUAUUAAAGGGAGUCGUUCAUGUUUUUGGACAAAAAAAUGGUUCAUCUGAAAACACAAAAUUAUAAUCAUUUUACGCUUUGAUGCCGAAAUUGCAAAAAAAAGAUACAACGGAAGCAUAAAAAACCCGGAUGUAGUGAGAAGCGACCCCUCGCCGGUACAGUCAAGAAAAAAUAGAAAACUGAUGCCUUCAUAUCCCAAAGAAUGUCGUUAUAUAUAAAAUAUGACGAUCAAAACAAAACGGGAUAUCUUUAUCUAUUUUUAUAGAAUUAAUUCAUCGUUUUGAUAUGUUUUUGUUUUUCAUUUUUAUAUGUGUUUGACAACUUCAAAACUAGAGAUUAUGAUGGGCCUUUAAAAAAUAUUUCCAGUUAAACCCAUGCUACGAAUUUUUCCAUGCUUGAUUUCUAUUCUAUUUUCACUAUAAUCUAUUGUGUAUUAUUGAAUGAAAAUAAAAAUAUGAUUGUUA